AUGGGCGACGAGAGGGCCGAUUCCGCCGCGGUGUCUGAUGAGACGGAGGCCCCGGAGCGGGUCAAGCGCCUCGGAGCCGAGGGAGGAAGUCCGACGCUGCAAUGGGCAACGGGGGAACGGAACAUGCCAUGGGGCACGGUGCGGACGGGAUCGCCAGACUGCCUCCGGACGAUGUCUGAGGCCAAGAGGCGGAAGAAGGGGCAACGGGACUUCGAUUGGUCCAAAGCGACCUUUCAACAUUUCGUGCUCAAGAUGGCCUACGUGGGAACCAACUACCACGGCAACGCCUGGCAAGACCCCAAGAUCUGCCCCACCGUGGAGGCGGCGCUCUUCGAGGCCUUGAUGAAGACUCGGCUGAUCCAGGACCGGACGAGUUGCAACUUCUCGCGCUGCGGACGCACCGACAAGGGCGUGCACGCUGCCGGGAACUACAUUGCUUUGAAGCUUCGAUUGAAGCCUGGAGAUGAGGACUUUGAUUAUCCUGGCAUGCUCAACGCUGUGCUCCCGAUGGAUGUGAGGAUCUUGGCCUGCGCGCGCGCGCCGGAGACGUUUGAUGCACGCUUUUCAUGCCUCUACCGUGCUUACCAGUACUACUUCCCCUACGCUGGCGAAGAUUUAGACCGCAUGCGGCGAGCGGCGGAGCACUUCGUGGGGGAACACGAUUUCCGGAACUUCUGCAAGAUGGACAUCGAGAACGUGUCCAACUAUCGACGCAAGGUCCUCUCCGUGUCCGUCCGGCCCUCUGGAGCGGCUGUAGCCAUGUUUGCUGUCACGGGGAUGGCAUUUCUGUGGCACCAGGUGCGGUGCAUGGCCGCGGUGCUGCUGCUGAUCGGCGCUGGGCUAGAGGAAGUGGAAGUGGUGAAGGAGUUGCUGGAUGUGGAGAAGUGGCCGCGGAAGCCAUUGUACGAGCCGGCAGACGAGUCGGGCUUGGUGCUCCGCGACUGCGGCUUCCCCGACGUGCCCUUUGCGCCCGGCACCUGCGCACCGGCGGCAGGAGAAACCGCCGUGCGCUCUCCGUCCAAGUGUGCCGAAGAGGCCUUUCAAGCCAUGCUGCAGCGCCACCAGCGCAGCUGCGCAGUCUUCACCUGCUUGGCAGAGGCCGCGGCCGGCGACGAUGCGGCUGGGAGGAAGCAGCGGAAGCAUGUGCCGCUGUUGCAGCGUGGCCUUUGCCCCUCCUUGGAAGAGAAGCAGCAGGCCAUGCACGACAAGCGCCGUGCCAAGAGCGAGGCGACCGGUGCACCGGUCAGCGUUAUCACGAGCGUCGAACGGCACGAGGCCCUCGGGGUCCUAAGCAGAGGAGCAGCUCGAGUGAGCCGGAAAAGAGUGGUCCGACGGAGGGAUGGCGUCGCGGAGUUCGCCGAGGCCUUGCGGCAGAUCGCCCCGGGGACCCAAGCACCGCGUCGUCCGGGGUCGUCGGGUCGUCCUGACUGCGUCUUCCCAGGUGCUUCACAGAGGUGGUUCAAUCCACCCGGUUGUCGACACGACACCGAGAAGGCUGACAAGAGAGGAUGUGACAUCGAUGAGAUUCACCAGGCCUUGGCCAUUCACUCAGAUCACCAGGAGAACGCAUCGCCUACAUGGGAACGAGACAUGAACUCGUAUGCCUCGGCCCACGCGGCGCGCAAGGAGGACCAUGCUGCCAAGCAGCGGCACCUGAGCGUCGAGGGCCUGCGAACGGGCCAGCUCCUGGACGUGUGGAUGGAUUACUCCGAGGGUGACGUUCACAUGGGCCGUCGCACGCUGACGGCCAGCGGAGGAGGAGUCACCAGUGUCCAGAUGAUGCACAUCAUCCAGGAGGCGCAGCUCUUGGGGCCCAAGCUGAGUCGCGCGGAGGCGCAACGCCUCGUUGACCGGGAGCUGGAGCGCUCCGCCGAGCGAGGGAUCCUCGCCUUUGAUCACUUCUCCGAGAUCCUUUUUCAAAUCAGCGAGCAGCUCGAGUGUCACUACAGCGUUGUGGAGGACAAGGUGGUCGCGCUUCGGAGGUCGUGA